AUGGCUCCAACAGGUCAAGAACAAACCCUUUCGGCCAAACGAGCCCAGUACGCUGGUCCGUCUGGUAUCAAAGGUAUCCUUCACAAUGGCAAGACUUCGGCCAUUGCGACUUUUGCGGCCCUUGGUGGCUUUGUCUAUGGAUAUAACCAGGGAAUGUUCGGACAGAUCCUGACAAUGACCUCGUUCAUCAAUCCGUACUACAGUGGGCAUACUGGUAUCGCGCAAGGCAUUUUGACAGCCAUCCUAGAGCUCGGUGCCUGGGUGGGAACUCUGGUCAACGGAUGGCUGGCUGAUGCUGUGGGGCGACGCAUGACCGUGGUGGUUGCUUGCGUCGUGUUCACCGUCGGUGUGAUUGUGCAAGCAUGCACCGUGAACAAGGACUACGUCCUCGCUGGACGUUUCGUCACCGGUCUCGGUGUCGGAGCCUUCAGCAUGCUGGUGCCCCUAUACAAUGCCGAAUUAGCGCCACCAGAAGUUCGCGGUGCGCUGGUUGCUCUCCAGCAGCUAGCGAUCACAUUCGGCAUCAUGGUUUCUUAUUGGAUUGGGUACGGGACAAAUUUUAUCGGCGGCACGGGACAGGGCCAGUCUGACGCCGCAUGGUUGGUUCCUGUCUGCAUCCAGCUCCUACCCUCAACGGUCUUGGCUGCUGGCAUGCUGCUUUUCAUGCCCCAGAGCCCACGCCACUUGGUGAAUCGCGGACGCGAACAGGAAUGCUUGGAAACAUUGGCACGACUCCGCAGCACCACGAUGGAGGACUUGAGAGUCCGUAUCGAAUUCCUCGAAAUCAAGGCCGUGCGCGAAUUUGAACGGCUUCGCCUGGCAGAGAAGUUUCCACAGUACCAGGACGGCAGUUUCAAAAGCAAUUUCAUGAUCGGCUUCCACGAUUACAUGUCUCUUCUCACCAACAAGUCGAUGUUUAAGCGAACCACAGUUGCAGUCCUUAUCAUGGUUUUCCAGCAGUGGAAUGGGGCGCGCUUCGGCCUCAAUGGUAGUACGACAUCCUUGCUCGCGACCGGCGUUGUUGGAAUCGUCAUGUUCUUGGCGACCAUUCCAGCCGUUCUAUACGUUGACCGCUUUGGACGUAAGGCUAUCCUCAUCACUGGGGGUAUCGGUAUGGCCUGUUCGCACUUCAUCGUGGCCGGCAUCAUCGGCUCCUACAGCGACAACUGGCCGGCUCACAGGGCAGCUGGCUGGGUAGCAGUGGUGUUUGUAUGGUGUUACGCUGUCAGCUUCGGCUUUUCGUGGGGGCCAGUGGCAUGGGUAGUAAUAUCUGAAGUGUUCCCAUUAGGGAUGCGAGCCAAGGGGGUUAGUAUUGGUGGAUCAUCCAACUGGCUGAACAAUUUUGCGGUUGCCGUCUCCACAUCACCCUUCAUCUCCGCUACUCAAUUCGGAGCCUUUAUCUUUUUCGGUGCUGUCACUACAGUGGGCGUCAUCUGGGUAUACUUCUUCGUUCCCGAGACAAAAGGCAGAACGCUGGAAGAGAUGGACGAGCUUUUCGGCGACAUUGGAUUUGCGCAAGCCGAUCAAGCGCGCAAGGAGAAGAUCGAGAAUGACAUUGGUCUCACAGCUCUUCUGAACGGCUCAGAGAGUGGCGCCGCAAAAGGAUUGCCUGAUGGGAAGGGAGACUCCGAGCACCACAACGGUGAAUUUGUGGAGAAAACAAACACAUAACUUGAGCCUGAUCCAUCAUCACACCGUCUGGCAGAUUGGUGCAAGGACUCCUGAGGAUAGUAGCCUCAACUGGCGAACGGUGGCGGACAUGGAAACGGGAAUUUCAUUGCUGGGCUACAAGCAGGGCAAAGUCGCAAGAAGGACGCAAAAUGUGGGAUGGCUAGGUACGAGACCGACUAGACUACUCAGUACAACCAGCCUCGGGGUGUUUUCUGUUGUUUGAUGUCAGAAAUGCAGCAAUAAACGGAGUAUCGAUGCAAUCAGGUACUAUAGUUGUAAGAGCAG